UCAACACGUGCAGCAGCUGCAGAGAACUGGAAUCAGCCUUCAGUUCCUCAUCUGAGUGGACAUUUCGGAGCCGAGACGCCUCACAGACGCCUCCAGGAUGACCGGGAACAACUUCGCGGCCAUGAUGAAGUCCAAGGUGGAGAUGGCCAAGCAGAUGAGCGAAGAGGAUAAGGUGUUCAGAUACAAGGGGAUCCUGUACCCGCUGAUCGUUUGCCCCGAGAGCCACCUGAAGGCCUUGGAGGGCUUCAAGGCCCGGGAGGACGACGUCGUGCUGGUGGCGUACCCCAAAUGUGGUUUUAACUGGAUGGUCGGUGUACUGAGGAAGAUCAUUUCAGAGGUCGCGGGCGUGAAAGCAGACGGAAACGGAGCGCCGCCGCUCAUCGAGUUCAUGGGCCCCGAAGGAGUGCAGGCUGCAGAACAAGCUCCGGCUCCAAGGUUACUGGGCACUCACCUUCACCCCGACAACAUCCCCGCAUCCUUUUACCAAACAAAAGCCAAGAUGUUGGUCAUCUUCCGGAACCCCAAAGACACGGCGGUCUCUUUCUUCCACUUCAACAACAACAACCCGGUCCUCCAGUCUGAACCUUCCUGGGACACCUUCUUCUCCAAGUUCAUGAGCGGAGACGUUCCCUGGGGCUCGUACUUCGAUCACGCCCUGAGCUGGGACAAGAAGAUGGACGACCCCAACGUGAUGGUGGUCACCUUCGAGGAGCUGAAGAAGGAGCUGGCCCAGGGCAUCCGCCAGAUCUCCAGCUUCUUCGGCUUCCAGCUGACGGAGGCCCAGGUGCAGCAGAUCGAACACGACAGCACUUUCAGCGCCAUGAGGAGCUCCGCCACCGCCUCGCACGGCAACAUGGGAAACGUGUUCUUCAGGAAAGGUGAGGUGGGAGACUGGAAGAACCACUUCAGUCCAGAACAGAGCCGGGAGAUGGACGAGGCCUUCAACAAGCACCUGGCGGGAACCCGGCUGGGAGCCAAGCUGGACUACCAGCUGCACUGCCAGUAGAACGCCCACCCUGCAGUCCCACGCCUCCACCCUGCACACCUCCACCGCCGUCUGAUCGCCACACCGCCCUCAAAGGAUUUCAACUUGUUUUGACUCGAUCAUUGUUACUCAGUCCUUUCAGGAUUCAAAUUAGAUUCUA